GUAUUAGAAAAUGAAGUGGCAGAGACAUGUACAAGAGAAGAUACGAUGAAUGCUAUAGCGCCCCAAAAGCUUCAACCAUUACUUGACAGAAAACUAGCUUGCAAAAAUCUAAAAAUUGACGGCGAAUGUCUCAGUUAUACAGCGGUUGAACAUAAUGGUAUUGGAUUGUAUGUGUUCAAGGAGAUUGCACGUAGGGAAACAUCUAUUGAAAUUGAGAUAUUAAGAAUGGGUACAAGCGGGUCUUUAGGUAUUGGUGUAGUACCAGAUAACUAUCCUGACAAUCUUCUACCGGGCUUAGGCAAAAGUUCCUAUGGAUACCUAUCAGACGGCAAGGUGUUUAGAGGAAGCACAUUCGUUAACACAUCUGGAGAUGCAUGGAAAGUCGGCGAUCGGAUCAAGUGCGAAUUUCGUAAAUAUGUGUAAGUUUUUAGUAUUUUUAGAGUUAUUCGUUUCUAAUGAUUUCUGUAUGAUAUGCUAUUUCUUAUUUGUCAGAGCAGUUGACAUAAUUUAUCCAGAUUAUAUGUUUGUUUAUACUCUUGUCAAAUACGGAUUAAACAUCAAACAACAUACAGUUUAUAAAUAUAACACUU